AUUCUUUUUUUUUAAAAAAAAAAAAAAAACUAAUUGAAUAUGCCAAUACCUUCAAUAGCUUCUUCAUCUAUUAUUCAUACAAAUAAUAAUGGACUCAAUGAAGAUGGAAAAUGGAAUAACAAAUCACCUUUUUUAUUAACCUCAAAGGCAUUACUAGAAAGCAACAAAAGUAAUAAUAGAAAUGUCAUGGAGACGGGUGUUAGUACUAUUAGUCUACAAGAUGAAGAUAAUGGUAAUGAUGGUCAUGACAACGACAUGGAUGAGAAUAACUUACAAUUACUGGUAAAAACAAACCAAAAAAGAAAAAUAGUACUACUCCAUGCUAGACGUGAAGGUGAUGAUAAAACAGUAAAUAUAUCUGAAGAGAGAAUUCGUUCAAUAAGUAUAGGUGGUCUAUAUGCUGGCUCCAUGUUUUAUGGUACACAGAAAUGUGGUAGUGCAAGUUAUGAAGUGAAUGUUGAAUUACUGAAUGUAGAUAUGAAAGAAAGUACAUUAUGUGGUUAUUUGAAUAUUAAAGGGCUAACAAGUGAAUUUCCAGAACUUACAACAUUUUUUCAAGCAGAGGUGAUUGGUCCAAAAUAUUCUUUCCUGACUAGGAAAUGGCAAGCAGAUCAACAAAGUGAUCUUUUACAUUGGAAAAAAUUCUCUUCUUUUAAACCUUAUAUUGAUACGUUCAGUCAAGAUGAUUUUGUAUUUGAUAGCAAAGAAGAUGAUGAUUUUAUUUAUAUGCGUUGGAAGGAAAUAUUCCUAGUUCCAAAUCAUCAUGUUAGUUCUAUUCAUGGAGCAAGUUUCGAUGGCUUUUAUUAUAUAUGUUAUCAAAGAUCAACAAACAUCAUUAAGGGUUACUACUUUUAUCGUCAUCAUAAGGAUUGGUUUCAAGAAUUAAAUUUAAAUCACGUUUCUGACCAUGGAUUUGCGAAUUUCGAAUUUCGUUAAAAAGAAAAAAAAAAUACCAUUACAUUACUAUACUAGUAUCUCCAUCUUUUAUAUACAUAUAUGUAUAUCUAUAUCUAUAUGUUGAUAAUUGAUUUCUUUCUCUUUGUAAAUAACUUUAUGAAACACUGAUAUUUUACUACUUUUUUAUUAUUAUUAUUUAUUCCAAUUACAUAUAAUAAAUAGUUUUAUUAUUAUUA